AUGUUGGAAAAGAAUUCCGCCAAGCAUUCUUCUCGGCCACAUCUUGUCUUUGCCAAUGAACUUGCUGGAUGGAGCAAAUUACCAUCAAGCCAAGGCAAUACACCUCUUCUCCGAACCUAUCGCCGAGCAAUCAAAAGAGCAAUCGGAAAUCGAGAAUCUGCGGCCAAGUUUGACAGUCUACUCGAAUUGGAGGCCCGUCGAUUUACAUGCCGAGUACUGCUUACACCUGAGAAGUUUCUUGAGCAUAAUAGAACCGCCGCCGGUGCUUUCAUUCUAAAUGUGAUAUACGGCUAUAAUAUCGAACCCCAUGGCGAAGACCCAUUGGUACGCCUAGCUGAUCUCGCAUUGUCACAAUUUUCUGAGGCCAUUGCGCCAGGUGCAUGGCUAGUCGACUUGAUCCCAGCAUUAAAGUACUUACCAGAGUGGUUCCCUGGGGCGGGAUUUCAACGAAUUGCUCGAAAUCACUUUAAGACCCUGACAAAGCUCGCUGAGAAUCCUGUGAAAUUCACAAAGUUUCAAAUGGAUCGGGGGGAAGACCAGCGGUCUUUUGUAUCGACACUUCUCCAACAAGGAGAAGAGGAAGAAAUUGUCAAAUGGUCAGCGGUGGCACUUUAUGGCGGCGGAUCAGAUACGACUGUUGGGGUCCUAGAAGGAUUUUUUCUGGCAAUGCUUCUGUUUCCCGACGUGCAACAUAAAGCUCAGGCCGAAAUGGACAAGGUGUUCGGCAAACCGACUUUCCCAACCGCGGCUGACCGAGAAACACUGCCCUACCUGAAUGCAGUCGUCAAGGAGGCACUCAGAUGGCACACAGUCAGCCCUCUCGGGAUUCCCCACCGAACAGAUGAAGAUGAUAUUAUAAGCGGCUUCUUGAUUCCCAAAGACGCAAUUCUUUUGCCCAAUAUCUGGUCAUUCAACAACGACCCUUCUUCAUAUUCCAACCCACGAGAAUUCUGCCCUGAGCGAUUUCUGUCAAGUCCAUCUGCUCUUGAGCCUGGAGAUGUGACCUUUGGAUUUGGUCGCAGGGUUUGUCCAGGGCGCCUGGUUGCUGAAACAUCUGUUUUUUUGAUGAUUGCACACACUCUGGCCGUAUUUGAUAUCCGAAAGCCCAUUAGACAGGAUGGGAAAGAGGUCGAGCCAAUGGUACAUUUUACACCGGGUAUUCUGAGCCAUCCUGUUCCUUUUGAGGCCGCAUUUAUCCCACGAAGCCAGGAGCACGAGCAACUGAUUAUCGAUUUCGAGAAAGCCCAUCCUGUUGGCAAAGGAGACUCCAAUGCCUUGGCCGACGCACUUGUUAAUUGA